AUGGCAUAUACCGAGAAAGAUGACGAAUCAGAACAAUUCCUCACCCCGAGCUACUCUGAAAUUUCAGAAGCUGUGCGAAAAGCAACAAAUGAAUACGGACUUUGUCGUGAUCGCGUGUGGGCAGUUGCCCGUAGCCAUCCGCAAAAGGAGAAUGUCUUACCAUACCUGAUGCAACGUCGCGUUGAGGAGCCCAUGAACGGUCAUAGGGACCAUGAUCAGUGCGAAUUCGGCUUUUGUGAACAUUCACAACUUGACUUCACCAAGGUGGCUCAACGCCAUGAGUCAAAAGCUUGUGCUGACUACCCUUGCAAACUUCUACGGAAUCACUUCCCAAGGGCCACAUUGGAAGAGGCCACGAAGAGCAAAAAAUUAACAGCGUGGGCAUUAAAUGGAAGGUCAAUGAUCAAGCCUCCCUUGCCAUUUAUGGCCAUCUCUCAUGUCUGGUCGGAUGGAACUGGGGCAGGGGCGAAUUGGUCGCGAGGAGAGGUCAAUCGAUGCUUGUAUGAUUAUUUCAAGGGAAUUGCGGAGAGAUUUCAAUGCCAUGGAAUUUGGUGGGAUGCAAUUUGCAUUCCAGAAGACAAAGCUGCCCGUAGUAUAGCUAUCAACCGGAUGCAUGUCAAUUAUGAAGAGGCGCGGUUCACCUUGGUUCACGAUUGCUAUCUAAGGGAGUGGGAGUGGUUUGAUGCAGAGACAGCAUGCUUUGCUAUUAUCAUGUCACCGUGGUUCAGCCGUGGCUGGACUGCCCUGGAAUUGGCACAAUCACGCAAAGUCAAGGUGAUCUUCAAAGACUCGGUGAUAAAGGACCUUGAUGAAGACAUUUUGGCGAACCCACAAUCAAUCCGACAUCAGAUUGGGUCCGAGCUGAUAUCUAACCUGAGACAAGGCACAGUUACAACGGUCAACGAUCUCCUGCAAGUCCUUCAUUCACGCUCUACCUCCUGGCGUCGAGACAUGGCAAUAAUUUCGGCUCUUCUGGCCAAAGUCCCAUUAGAUUCCAAUGCUUCUCAAAAGAAGAUAUAUCAAGAUAUCUUACGAAAGAUAGGCAGAGUUUCUCACGACCAACUCUUUCACAAAUCCCCAACAAUGUCCGAUGGCUUUGGCUGGUGUCCAGCAAGCCUGUUGGACAUGCAUAUAUCCCCUACAGAGCCUAUGCUACAUGUCCUUGAAAGCGGGGGCGUCGUUGGUCCCUGGAGGGUUAUUCACAGACUUGGAGACAUUCCCCCGGAAAUAUAUCAUUGGAAAGACAUACAUGCGAUGGUAGUACCAAAGCUGCGUCUGGCGGUACAAGAUCCAGACAAUCAUCUGCUUCUUGCGGAACCUGCAACUGUCACCGGCUUCCAGGAAAAUGCAGAUCUAAUAAAUAGGGCAUUGCUAGUCAAACGAUUAGACGAUAGCGUUUACCAAUUAGUGGGCUCUCUUUAUCUCCAAUCUCCUUUGGAUAUUUCGGGACGGAAUGAGGGCCCUGUGGACGUAACGAUCUGUCACGGGAAUGACAUCGGCAAUGAUUUGGAUGAAACUCACAACAAAGUCAAGUCUAGUAGGCAACCAAACCUCCAGAAACAGAGGACCGUGUCUCCCGAUUCAAAUAACGAAGAAGCAUUGUUGUGGGCGGCGGAGAAAGGGGAUCACGAUCUCGUUCAAUUACUUCUCCAAAAUGGUACUCAUCAUAGUCCGCGAGAUGGUGAAGGCCAAACACCUCUUUUCCAUGCGGUUAUAAACGGACACAAGGAAACUGCCAAAAUACUACUUGAACAAGGCGCAAACCCUAAUGUGAAGGAUAACCGUUCUUGGACAGUGUUACAUCAUGUAAGCUGGCUUUAUCUUGACGGGGUGGAAGUUGACCUCCUUGAGAGAUGUGACUGUGACUCCGAAGACAGAUUAGGGCAACGUGCAAUCCAUCUCGCGGCAGACCGAGGAAAUCAAGAAAUUAUUGCGCAACUGCUUUCCCGUGGUGCAAACCCUAAUGCUCAAUGCGAUUAUGGACAGACUGCACUACAUAGAGCGGCCUUCGCAGGAUCUGUAAGUAUUGUCAGACAUCUAUUAUCCAAAAAUGCGAAUCCGAAGAUUCAGGACUUCCUAGGGCAGAUCCCAAUGCAUCUGGCGGCAAAAUACGGAUAUAAGGAGGUAGUGAAGCAGUUAAUAAAAGCGUCACCAGAUGCAAUUGACAGAGUAGAUGGGCAAGGGUGCACACCGCUACAUUUAGCAGCCCAAGUUGGAGAUAAAGUCUUGGUUCAGUUGUUCCUAGAAAAGGGCGCAACAUCUCUUGGUUUGUCAAAUAAUGAGGGAUGGAGGCCACUGCACUUAGCAGCAGAAGGGGGAUAUGAAACGACAAUGCGACUGUUGCAAGAAGUUGAGGGUAAUGCAUCGUGUUCUGACACAUGGAAGCUGCUACAUGCAGCAGUGAAAGGAGAUCUUGAAGAUAUUAUACGUGAAUUGCUACGUGAGAAUUCAAUGGACCUUUAUAUUAACCCAGCAGAACUUCAUGCAGAUUCACGACAACGACGCCUACCACUUCAUGUAGCAGCUGAGAGAGGAAGGGAGCGCGCGGCAAGGCUGCUGCUGCAAGAGGGCGCCAGUAUCAGCGUUAUCGAUGAUUACGGGCGGCCUGCGCUUUUGGUAGCUGCUACACAUGGACAUGCUGGGGUUGUCAAGUUGUUACUAGAAUAUGGUGCUGAUGUCAACGCUACUGACUGUUGGGAAAUGUACUCGGCGCUGGACUUGGCUGUUGAUCAUGAUCACGAGAGCGUUGUGCGCUUGCUACUUGAAAGAGGUGCUAGUCUCAAACCUCGGGGAACUCACAACCCACUAUUGAAUGCUAUCAGAAACGGACAUAGAGAUGUUGUUGAACUUCUACUCAAGAAUGGCAGUGAUGUUAAUGCAACUAGCGGCCCGAGUUCGCGUCAGUUGGGUGCUACUGAGCCUCUGGAGAAUUUGCCUCUAUUUGCCGGUAUUCAGCAUCGACAAAUAGAGACAGUAGAGCUCCUGCUUCAAAAUGGUGCCUCGAUUACAAAAACAAACUCAAACGGAAAAGAGCCAAUAGAAUAUGCGAUCCACAUGGGAUGUGAAGAAAUCGUUAACUUGUUACUUGAAAACGGCGCAAAAGUCGACGCUGAGUAUACUAGUGGCUGGACACCUUUAUUACAGGCUGCAUUUCUAGGAUCUCCAAAUAUUGUUCGGUUACUUCUUGCCAAGGGAGCCAAUAUUGAGGUGGAAAAUAAUCUCAAGCGAACGUCCUUAUACAUAUCCGUUCAUCAAGGACAUAAAGACGUCGUUGAGCUACUUCUUCAGAAAGGUUGUAACGUCGAUCCAAUACGCGAUGGGGAGACGCCUUUGCUUUCGGCAGCAAAGCAUGGACAUACAGAGAUUAUUAUGCUACUACUCAAAAGUGGCGCUGAUAUUGAAGCCCAAGAUGCAGUUGGAGAGACACCUUUAUUCGCCGCCAUUUCACAUGGUCAUAAGGAUGCUGUGAAAGUAUUACUUGAUUCUGGAGCUGCCUGUCACGUCAUCUAUAAUUUUGGCGUCAACCCGCUGUCCACAAUCAUUCAAAAUGGCCAUGAAGAUAUUGCCAAACUCUUGAUCGAGAAGGGGCAUUGCGAUCCUGGGUUUAUUGAAGCACUUGUUUUGUGGUGGUCAACACCUUUUGCGAAAAUUGUCGUGAUGGGAACCGCACCUCUAUUGUUACUUAUCUGUCUCUUGCUUGAAUUUUGGUUUGAAACUGGUAGCACGGCAGUAUUGUGCUUGAUGUUAUGUCUAAUUGUUGUCGUCCAUGUGUUGGGAGGGCCAUCGAAGGAUGCACUUCGAGAAGGAGAAGACCAUGACAUCGAUCCAGCCUUGUGGUAG